AUGUUGGCACGGACCGCCUUACGAGGUGAUGAAUUCGUCUCUCGUGGUCUUAUUCCGCUUCCUAUCGACGUUGACGUCAAUCGCUUGAAGGAAGCUUGGAAUACAGUGAUUGCCGAGACCCCGGUACUUCGCACUCGUGUAGUUGAGUUUGCCGGACAAGGGUUGUUGCAGGUCGUCACAAAAUCAGCGGUCCCAUGGUUGGAGUUUGGGAGUUUGGAGCAGGUAACAGCGAUAACCAUCCGGAGUGGAGGGCCUCUGCUUUGCUUUGCGCUCGUAAAAUCCUCUUCCGAGUCUGACACUGGUUCUUGUGGCUCUGCAGCCCUGUUGAUGACUAUUCAUUAUGCCAUCUAUGACCGGGUCGAGUCUAUUUACCGCGACAAAACUCCAGCAGUGAAUCUAAUCCUAUACAGCCGAUUUAUCCAAUACCUUGUCGAGAAAGUCGAUAAGGACCGGUGCCGGGAAUUCUGGACGGGCUAUUUGGCCAACUUAGCUGCACCACAGUUCCCUACUUUGCCUAACCCCAAGUAUCAGCCAAUCACCAACAUGACCUCCAAACAAGAUGUACAGGGCAUUAACUGGCCCAAAGACUUCACCCUAGCAACAACCUUGAAAGAUGCCUGGGCUAUACUCAUUUCGCAGUAUUGUAACUCCUAUGACGUCGUGUUUGGGUCGACCGUUAUGGGUGGACAAUCACCUCUCGCUGGGGUUGAACUGAUUGCGGGCCCAGUAAUUGCCACGGUCCCCAUUCGGGUAACGAUGGAUUGGGAAUCUUUACCUCUUCGUACUUUGUUAAAGGAUAUUCACUCAGCGGGAACACAGAUGAUUCCAUUUGAGCAAUAUGGACUCGGUCGUCUGCAACGGUUGGACUCAAAUGGCCGCCAGGCCUACGAAUUCCAAUCUCUGCUCGUUAUUCAGCCAGGAGACAAAGACGACAGCGACAAUAAUAUCCUGUUCUUGCAGCGAAGCCAGGAUGAUAUCAUAGGACACAUGUACCCCUUGGUCCUGGAAUGCGUCUUUGGUGGCUCAUCGUCAGUUUCAUCGACCGACGCAGUCACGCUGAGCCUGAGCUUUGACGACCAGGUUUUUGAUGCACCACAGGCGGAUAGAAUUUUACUUCAGCUCGAGCACAUUCUCAAAGAAUUGUGCAAACACGGAGAUACGAUGGAAAAAAUAUCACUUUCUGAACUUGACCUGCUACCGGGGCAGGAUCGGCAGCAGAUCUGGACAUGGAACGAAAUCCUCCUAGAAACAAUUGACUCUCGUAUUGACAAAUUUUUCACGGAUCGAGUGAGUGAGCAGCCAAACUCAGUCGCGAUCAACGCCUGGGAUGGUCAAUUGACCUAUCGGGAACUAUUUUAUAAGGCUCGCCAACUGGCCUACUGGCUUGUGAUGGAAUAA